GAAUUAAUUAUGACUGUUCAAAAUGGGCUGUUCAUUUAAUUGGACAAUAUUGUAUCUCAGUUUAUUGGUUUGGGGUGCAGUUCAAAGUCAGAACUGCGCGGCGCAAAGAUAUCAAGUUGAUAAUCUGGAUCCUAACUCUGGUUCAUCAAGGUCUCAAUUGAUGAAUACGCUCCUAACAGUUGCUGCUGCAAAUGGAGUACUACCCGAAUUGCUACCAGUUAUCCAACCAUCACUACCUGAAUCCAAGGAUACGCCGAAAACGUUGAAUUUGAUCCAAUUGUCACCAAAUCAGAGAUCUGAAGAGCCACCAGUUAGGAAACCCGUAGCACCGAGUAAUCAACCUAUUGUAACACCAUUAAGAGCAACGCCUUACCCAUUUUAUAAUAUACCACUACAGACGACAUUCACGCCUAGACUGACACCAUCCCCUGUGGUGCCAGCAUCUCAGACUGUAGAAAGUCCAUACCAAGUUCCACCAAGCGCCGGUAUUCAAGCAAUACCCGCGACCUGGAAAGCGAACAGAUCCGAUUGGCUCCAAGAACCGCCCAUGCCUGCAAAUCUGCAAAUCACUCCACCAGCAUUUAUAGCAAACGAGAGGAAAGAAGAAAUGCCAGCUCAGUUUCCAAUUGAUUAUGAUUCUCCACCCAUGAACCUGCAAAUCAAUUUACCAUCUCAAAAUCCACCUCAAAUUACUGUGGUUUCUGCGUCUCCUCGUGCACCAGAGGCUUUGCCAAGUCCCUAUCCAUACCACCCUCCCAUCAUUAUCGACAGAGGAGACUCUUUAAACUCCAUAUUGCCGAUAAUGUUGGUUGCCUUGAUAGCCAACGACAGAGAUAAUUGUGGGUGCAACUGCUGCUGUCCCUGUUCCAAGAAUGUGGUACCGAUACCUUAUCCUAUUCCAUUUCCUGUAAACAGUCCUGUUGUCACAAAUUCUAGAUCUAAUAAAUCCAGCAAUGAUGACGACAAAGAGCGAUAGGUAUAUAUUUAUUAAUUUUUAUUAAAUUAUAUA